AUGGGGUCGUUAGGCGCCAGCGGAAGCGGAGGCCUAUGGGGAAUGGGCCCAUUUCACCGCAACAUUCACCGGCGACGUGACAAGGGUAGCAAACCGUCCAAUAGUUCUAAGGACAAUGCCGGACAAGCCACCACCGGUGCCGAUUCUCCUUACAAUUUUCCGCUUAAGGAAUCCGCUACCGCUGCUUCUCUCGUCUUGGCCGGCGACACCAUCGCCCAGGUCCGCCAGAAAUGGGUCAAACACAAGGCUUCUGUCACCUCUGCUGAAGAUUUUAAGGAUAUCAUAAGCUCACUUUUUUCUGAACAUGACUGGAUUAGAGCCCUCCGUAUGACAUCAUAUGGGUUCCUGCUGUACGGCCCUGGUUCACAUGCUUGGUAUCAGUACCUUGAUCACUGUAUGCCAAAGAAAAAUGUUACGAACCUGAUGACAAAGGUUUUACUAAAUCAAAUCGUACUUGGUCCAACUGUAAUUGGUGUUAUUUUCGCAUGGAAUAAUCUAUGGCUUGGGAAACUUGCUGAGCUUCCCAACAAGUACCAAAAAGACGCCCUCCCUACGCUAUUUUACGGAUUCCGGUUCUGGAUUCCCGUAAGCUUAUUGAAUUUUUGGGCAGUCCCUCUGCAAACCCGUGUAGCCUUCAUGUCGAUGGCUUCCGUAUUCUGGAACUUUUACUUAUCCUCCACCAUGAGCAGCUGA